AUCAUGUGCAACGCUGCUGUUCUGUUUCAGUAGCCAUUAAACGCGACAUUCCAUUGAUAAUUUGUUGCUGAUCGUCACUAGCUAGUAUUCAUUCCCUCCGCAGCCUCCCAGACUGCGUCUACUAUAAAGGAGGUUGGGGAGGCUGUGCUCACUAUUCUCACUGAUUAACAUUUUCCGAAGCGUUCGCAGGACAUUUGUGUGCAGGGGGAAUUGUAGCUUUUUUUCCUUAUUUUUUUGUCAUGACACUGUUAUUCAAAUACAGGUCGUAGGUGAAAUGCAGCAGAAGGUAUGUGCCAGGAGGACCUCUCUCUUCACUGAGAAUGGACAGGCUCAUGGGGCAUCUGCUGACCCCCAGCUCCCAUUCAGGUGCCCUCGGUGUGGGGAGCAUAAGAGGUUCCAUAGUCUGGCCUCCUUGAGAGCCCACCUGGAAUACAGCCACAGUUACUACCACACCAUGCACGAGCUGAGCCUUCCGACCCGCAGGGUGCAUUCCCACCCAGAGAGAGCCCUGCACCGACGCUCCCUGAGUGACACACGAGAGGUCACUAUCUGCAUAGAGAGGGGUCGUAUGCCCCAUGUGGGGACGCAGGCAGCUGAGGAGAUAAAGACUGAGAAUGAAGAGGAGGAAGAGGCCAGUAAAGAUGGUCUCAAAAUCCACAAGUCCAGCCCUGGGACAGAUCAUAUCCCUUCCCCCUUUCCAUUUGACGAACCUCCAGACCCAGGCAGCAAGCUUGAGGUAGUGUUUUCAGAGCGGAAUGUCUGUACCGAGGAGAUGUCGCUCCGGCGCAGGCUGGCCAAAGUCCUACGGGUGGUGGACAGCACCAUGCAGAGGAGGCUGCACAGGGUUACAACGUAGCUUGCCAAGACGGACACAGAGCUGUUGUGUGAGUGUGCCCUCUCCCAGCACCUGGCGCAGGGGAGGCAGGAGGUACAGGAAAAGGAGCGGGCGCUGAGCCGGCAGGCGGACGUGGCAGUGAUGGUGAUUGCCACGCUAAAGGAGCAGCUGAAGGAGUCGGAGUACGAGCUGGAGAUGCGAGAACAAGAAGUCAUCACCAUUCAGAAUUUCCUUGAGGCUGCCACCCAGCAUGAGAUAUGUGGUAAAGUUUGGAUCCAAUGCUUCAUUGAGAACCUGCUCAAACGCAUCACCCUGGCUGAGAGGCUACUGGAGUAUUAUCAGAGCUCCCCUAGUCCACCAAACUACACAGAUUACAUGCACCAGACAGAUGAAAACAGACCUCAUAGAAUCUCCAAAAGCAGGUCAGCGGGUUGUCAACUGUCACAGUCCUGUCCCCAGGAAGGUAGAACGCACCCCUCCCUAUUAGGGCGGAAAGUGGGUCACUCUAGCUACUUCAGACCUGAUCACAGAGAUGAAGUCUGGGCCCAGGGCAGCAGAUCAGUUGGAUUUGAGGACUAGGUAACCUGACCAGGGUAGAUAAAUGAAUGUAUAUAUGAUAUGUAUUUACUCAAUGUAUAGCUAAUACUGAGCAGGGUUGUAUCAAAGUCUUUAUGGCCAUGUGUACGCUGGUUUUUGCUCCAUUCUCAAAUCUUAUUUUGUCACAUGCUUCGUAAACAACAGGUGUAGGCUAACAGUGCAUUGCUUACUUAUGGACCCUUACCAAAAAUGUAGAGAGGGGGAAAAAAUAGACAAAUUAAUAAAUACACAAUGAGUAACAAUAUCUUGGAUAUAUACACAGGGUACCAGUACUGGGUCUAUGUGCAGGGGUACUGUCAUGC